AUGGCUCCCAAGAAGAAGGAAGUCCAGAAGCUCUCCCUAAAUGAGUUCAUGAACGACAACUCUUUUGGAGCUGGAGGCAGCAACUGGGCCGAUGAAGUUGAGGAGACCUAUGGCACUCAACCUCUCCCCGCCUCCGACCGCCGCGGCGCCGGUGGAGGCAGCACCUAUGGCUCAGGCUUCGGUGGUUCCAGCGACAGAUACGCAGGAUAUGCUCGUCAGGAGCGUGAAUUCCCACAGGAACUGCCCACCAAACCCCCUUAUACUGCCCACCUCGGCAACCUCUCCUACGAUGCGACCGUGGAAUCAGUUACCGACUUUUUCGCUGAUUGCGAGGUCACCAGCGUUCGCAUUGUUGAGGACAGAGCUGAGAUGCGGCCAAAGGGUUUCGGGUACGCCGAGUUCGCCACCGUUGAUGGCCUGAAGAAGGCGCUUGAGCUUGAGGGACAAAGUUUCGAGGGACGCACUAUUCGGAUUCGCAUUGCUGAGCCACCCAAGGACAGACACGGAAAUGAGAGCACCAGGGACUUCUCUGACUGGACUCGGAAGGGUCCUCUGGCCCCAGAGCCGUCUCGCAACGAUCGACGCGGUCCCCGCGAUUUCAACGAGCCACGUGCCCCCCGGGACGGACCAGGUGAUGACUCGAGAGCAAAGGACAUAUCAUGGGAACGAAAGGGACCUCUGAUGCCGCUGUCUCCUCCACCUAUCGAGCGUGGUGGUUCUCGUGGUGGCGGAAGCCGAUCCCGAACUACGGACAGCGAACGGGGCGACUCCUUCCGUGACAGGAGAGCCUCCCCUUGGGGUCCCGGCGAAGGUCGCCAGGAUGGUUCUCGACCGCCUCGCCGCGAGUUUGUGGAGCGACCGGAGAGGGCUCCUACUGCUGCCGAGAGCAACAGCCAGUGGCGCAGUGCUAUGCGACCCGACCCUCCAACCCAGUCCCCUGUCCCGUCUCGUCCUGCCAGCGAGGCGCCUUCUUCACCUGCACUGGCCCCCGCCGCCCCCGCCGCCACGGGUGGUCGCCCCAAGCUUAACCUGGCUAAGCGUACUGUCUCUGAGGCCCCUGGUGUCUUGUCUCCUUCUCUUACUUCUGACUCCAAAUCUAGUCCCUUUGGUGCGGCUAGGCCUAUUGAUACUGCCGCUCGUGAGAGGGUGAUCGAGGAGAAGCACCAACAGGCACUUAAGGAGAAGAAGGAAGCUGAAGAAAAGGCAAAGGAGGACCGGCGGCUGGCUAAGGAGGCUGCCGAGAAGGAGGCCGCUGAGAAGGAAGUUGCCGAGCAGGAGGCCGCCGAGAAAGCCGCUGCCGAGAAGGACGCUGCCGAGGCUUCCAACACCAAUGGCGAUGUCAACAAGUCAGAUGCCCCUGUUACUACAGAGGCUGCACAAGAUGCUCAGGCUGCUGAGACCGAGAAGACUGAGGACGGCGUGAACGCUGCGAACACAACAGAAAAGGGUGCCACACGCUCGCGGGAGCCCACUGCCGCGUCGCGAGCAACUGAGAGUGGCAAUUGGAGAUCGUCGACAGCGGAGCGGGGAAGCCGUGGUGGUUUCUCAGGGCGAGGCGAGCGCCGCGGAGGUGGUGCCCCCAGAGGUGGACGCGGCUUCGAUGAGCGUCAGCCUAGCCGUGGCGGACGCGGAUAUGAGGAGCGCCAGGCUAGCCGUGGCGGUGGCCGUGGACUCGAAGAACGCCAGCCCAGCCGACGCGGUGGCGAGCCAUCGACCCCUACCACACCUGUCGUUGACGAGGACGGCUGGACAACCGUCUCUACCGCUGCGAAGAACCGCCGUGGCCGCCCUGUUGCCUCUUGA